AUGGGAGGCAACGAGUUGUGUUAUGUGUGUAAAAAAAGUUUUGACGGGAGAUCUGCAGCACAGGACUGUGGAAAAUGCUUCAAGCCAGUCCACAAGACCAAAUGUGCAAGAAAACUCCAAUCAGGACCUACUGAGAAUCACUUUAUAUACGAAUGCAAGAACUGUCAAGAUAGUGAGGUUAGUCGCCCAGCCGGCAUGCUCGAUGUUGACAGCACAAGUCACCUAGAUAAUGGAACUCAAGCCAUACUAGCGCAAAUGAAGCUUCAAGAUGAAAAAAUGAACUCUAAACUUGAUAAACAAGCUGAAGUGCUCCAUGACUUGAAGACUGGAGUAGAGCAAAUCAAAAGUCGGCUUGAGUUGGUUGAAGAGCAGGCGGACGCGAACACUCGCAGGAUUCAUGCACUUGAAACUAAAAAUGAAGCUCUACAAAAAGAUCUUAACAGAUGUAUGGACACUAUUAAUCAUAUGAAUGAAUAUGGGAGAAGAAACACUCUUGAAAUCUUCGGUGUACCAUCGGUUGAGGAUGAAAAUCUCUUUGAAAUCAUCGGAGACAUUGGGAAAGUCUGCAAUGUAUCUAUAAAUAAAUCUAAUAUAGAUGCCAUCCAUAGGGAUCCACGUAAAAUCAGCAACCCAAUAGUGGUUAAAUUUGUUCAAAGGGAACUUUGUAACGAACUGAAGUACAAGAGGCAAGGCAAGAAGAUCUUAGCCAGCCAGAUAGGAUACGAUGGGGACCACUCAAGAAUCUUCCUAAAUGUGCUAUUGACAAAAGAGAAAAGCUACAUAGCUUACAAGGCCAGGCUUGAGUCCAAAAACCUUAAAAUUAAAGAAAACAUCCUGACCCAUGUCUGGGUGGAUGAUGCAUCCAAAAUCUGGAUCAAAAAAUCCCUUCCUAAAGAAGGCAAUGGUGCAAAAACAAGUAGCGCAAGAUAUGAAAUCAAAACCAUUGAAGACAUUAGUGAAGCUAUUAAUAAAAUAAAAACAGAGUAA